AUGGUCGCCCCCAACACUGCCCUCGUCGUUCUCCAGUCUGUUGGCCUCGUUCUGUCCUUGGCCACGUUUGGCGUGGCCCUCGCCAGCCUCAUCUUCUGGUGGGAACAUGGAUGGGACUGGCUUGUGUUCAAGCUGCCCCCGAUUCUAGCAAUAUUCCUGUUCUCUGGCCCUUCGUUCGUGUAUUAUCUUGCACGCCUUGCGUUUCCCGACAGCGCCUCUGUCAAGAAGGACUGCUCCAUACUCAGCGGGUUCUUCUUGAACGGCAUCCUGUCCUCUACCAUCUCGACGGUACAGACAGGGGAACUGAAUCAGCUCGGCCUCGCAACCACAAUCCUUAGCUGGAUCCUCACCAUGCUGAUCCUUGGCACGGCCCUGUUCGAGGCCUACUACGUCGCCAAGCACUACGGAAGCACCCCCGGGGCUACCCAACCCAUCAAGCUUCCUGACCACGACGAUGACGAUCAGCCUGCUUCUCCCGACCUUCCCGACACCAUGGAUUCAGAUGCGGUUGGAGCCCUGUUCGUGACUACCAGUGGAAGCGUCGUCCAGCCGUAUGAUGCCCUCGUGGCUCUGCGCAUCGCUGGCGCUGUCAUUGCAGUUAUCAGUCUAAUUGCGGCGAUUUUGAGUCUUCACCACAGCUCGGGUGGUAACGUCUUUGUCCUCAUGAGCCUCAUUCUCGCUGGCGCGGCCACAGUUGAGCACCUUCACUAUCUCGUUCGCCUUUGGUGGACGCCGUCGUAUGCUACGGCCGUCGUCACCGACACUGUCUCGCUUGGCCUGCUGUGCAUCUACGGGCUCAUUGUCGGAGUUGCCGAGCUGGUCACUGACAACUCGUCGCUUGGAGUCUUUGCAUGGUUCUUGGCCCUCACUAUGUUCAUCACCGUCCUGCUCGAGACCUUCUACACGACCCUCCACUAUGGCGGCGAGUGGAAGGCGUGGUGGCGCAGUUUCCACCACCUGGCUCCCAGUCCGGCACUUGCCGAAGACUAA